AUGGGAGUCAGGUCCGCUGCAAAGGAAAUGCAUGAACGGGACCAUACCUCAGAUAGUUCCAGCUUAGUAACUUCUCUGAUGAAAUCUUGGAGAAUAUCAUCAGUUUCUUCCUCUAAGAAGCCAUCAUUGUACAAAAUGAACACUACUGACCCCACUAGUUUGCCCUCUGGAUAUGCUUCAUCCGCUGACAGAGAUCGAAGGACUAGCGACGGCAACUUUGAAGCCAUGGCAAAACAGCAGGCCAGCACUAGGCGUGCCUCGAAUUCCUACUCACCUCUGAGAUACGUAAGCCCCACCUUGAGCACUGCAAGUAAUGAAAGUCCCCGACCUGCUCUGCUCCUACGUCAGCAUCACCAGCGUCAUCAUCAGCAUCAGCAGCCCCGUCAUAGCAGUAGCGGUAGUGCAAAUAAUAGUUGUAGUAAUAGCACAGAUCCUAAUAGAAAAGCUGAUCGAUACUUCAAAGACUUGGAUGAGGAUUGGAGCGCUGUCAUCGAUGAUUAUAAUAUGCCUAUCCCCAUACUCACUAAUGGUGGAUUUGGUACACCCGUAGCUUCAACAAAAACUUUGUCGCGAAGGUCUACAUCCUCUUCCAUUAAUUCAACUUCGAAUAUGGGGCUCUCGGCCAUACGGAAUUCUUCUUCUUCUUUUACAUACCCUCAAUUACCACAACUACAAAAAGAGCAAACGAGCGAUUCAAAAAAGACUCAGUUAGAGAUCGAAAACGAAAGGGAUGCUCAGGAAUUGAACUCUAUCAUUCAACGUAUUUCCAAGUUUGAUAACAUCCUGAAGGAUAAGACAGUCAUAAAUCAACAAGAUUUGCGCCAGAUUAGCUGGAACGGUAUUCCAAAAGUACACAGGCCUGCUGUCUGGAAGCUAUUAAUAGGUUAUUUGCCCGUUAACACGAAGAGACAAGAAGGUUUUCUGCAAAGAAAGAGAAAAGAAUAUAAGGAUGGUCUAAAGCACACCUUUUCUGAUCAGCACUCAAGAGAUAUUCCGACCUGGCAUCAAAUAGAGAUAGACAUACCGAGGACAAAUCCUCACAUUCCUUUAUAUCAGUUCAAAUCUGUACAGAACAGCUUACAACGAAUAUUAUACCUUUGGGCAAUUAGGCACCCUGCUAGUGGGUACGUGCAAGGCAUUAACGACUUAGUCACACCAUUUUUCGAAACUUUUCUCACCGAAUAUCUGCCGCCUUCACAAAUAGAUGAUGUAGAAAUAAAGGACCCCUCUAUAUAUAUGACAGAUGAACAGGUGGCAGAUUUAGAAGCUGACACAUUUUGGUGUCUUACGAAAUUGCUAGAACAAAUUACUGAUAAUUAUAUUCAUGGACAACCAGGUAUAUUAAGACAAGUAAAGAAUUUGAGUCAGCUAGUGAAACGAAUUGAUGCUGAUCUAUACAACCAUUUCCAAAAUGAGCACGUAGAAUUUAUACAGUUUGCAUUCAGAUGGAUGAAUUGCCUCUUGAUGAGAGAAUUUCAAAUGGGGACCGUGAUAAGAAUGUGGGACACAUAUUUAUCUGAAACUUCUCAAGAGGUUGCUUCCUCGUAUUCCAUAUCUUCCAAUGACAUGAAGAGCCCUGUAACGCCAACAGAACCCCGAGUAGCAAGUUUUGCAACGCCAACAAAGGAUUUUCAAUCUCCUACCACGGCACUUUCCAAUAUGACCCCUAAUAAUGCAGCUGAUGGCAGUGGCAAAAUGAGGCAAUCCUCACUCAAUGAGUUCCAUGUGUUUGUGUGCGCGGCAUUCCUCAUCAAGUGGAGUGAUCAGCUAAUGGAAAUGGAUUUCCAAGAGACUAUAACUUUCUUACAAAACCCUCCUACAAAAGACUGGACAGAAACAGAUAUCGAAAUGCUUCUGAGCGAGGCCUUUAUUUGGCAAUCUCUUUAUAAGGAUGCUACAUCCCAUUGGUUGUAA